AUGUUCGGCAAAGAAGAUGGCAAAAGCCUCAAGGCCAAAGUCCGGUCCAUUUUGGCUACAAAUGAUGAUUUCAAAUCCAAAGACUAUGAAACCGAAUCCAUGAGAACAGUGUAUUCCCAGGAGAUCAGUGUUUUGGUAGUUGUUGUCGGGGAAGAGGGAUUCUUCGGUAAACUGCUCGGAGUUGGAUAUCUUCCCUUGGAAAUGGUUGGAAUGGUUCAACUCAGGCUAUCGUUUACCUGCUGA